GAUCUCUUGCUCUCACCUGUCCCGGGCUUGGAAGUUUUGACGAGGCAAAGCCAUCGCCGCCUGCGGUUGAAGGCUUGUGCGAACCUACCCUGCUGCUGCUGUAAACAGCCGGUGCCGGACUAAAGCCCCAAAGAUCACCGCGGGACCUUGGAGGCGCUGCUGUUGGAAGGAAAGUAUGCCCCAGACGCCUCCCUUCGCAGCCAUGUUUGACAGCAGUGGCUACAGCCGAUACCUGUUCCAGUCCAAAGAGGACAGCUGUGAAGGGCUGUAUUACCAUGACAACAAUUUGCUGUCAGGAUCUUUGGAAGCUCUCAUCCAGCACUUGGUGCCCACUCUUGAUUACUACCCAGAUAGAACAUACAUCUUUACUUUUUUGCUGAGCUCUCGGCUUUUUGUACACCCUUAUGAAUUAAUGGCAAAAGUCUGCCAUCUCUGCACCGAGCAGCAGAGGCGAGCGGAUGCUGCAGCUGAUCAAAGCCGGUUAAGGAAGAUUGCCCCCAAAAUCCUGCAGCUCUUGGCGGAGUGGACGGAAAUGUUACCGUAUGAUUUUCGAGAUGAGCGCAUGAUGAGAAAUCUAAAAGAGCUGGCCCAUCGAAUAGCCAGUACAGAUGAGACCUAUCGGAAAAACGUGCAGCAAAUCAUCCAGAGCCUCAUCCGUAAGCUGGCCUCUCUCAACCAAUAUGAGGAAGUUCUUGCAAAAAUCAACGCUACUUCAACCGAUAGGCUGACGGUAUUAAAGACCAAACCUCAGGCCAUCCAACGAGAUAUCAUCACCAUCUGCAGCGAUCCUUAUAUGUUGGCCCAGCAGCUGACUCACAUAGAGCUUGAGAGACUUAGUUACAUCGGUCCACAAGAAUUUGUCCAAGCGUUUGUACAGAAGGACACCCUAGACAAUGAGAAGAGCUCCUACGGGGAUCGGAAGAAGUCUCGGAAUCUGGAAGCUUACGUGGAGUGGUUCAAUAGGCUGAGUUAUUUGGUUGCCACAGAAAUAUGUAUGCCUAUAAAGAAAAAACACAGAGCAAGGAUGAUAGAAUACUUCAUUGACGUCGCCCGAGAGUGUUUCAACAUUGGCAACUUUAACUCUUUAAUGGCUAUUAUUUCUGGAAUGAAUAUGACUCCUGUCUCCAGAUUAAAGAAAACCUGGUCAAAAGUCAAGACUGCCAAGUUUGACAUUCUGGAGCAUCAAAUGGACCCUUCCAGCAAUUUCUACAAUUAUCGCACAGCUCUCCGUGGGGCUACCCAGAGGUCUCUGACAGCUCACAGCAGCAGAGAGAAGAUUGUGAUCCCAUUUUUCAGCCUGCUUAUCAAGGAUAUUUACUUCCUCAAUGAAGGCUGUGCCAACCGCUUGCCCAACGGCCAUGUCAAUUUUGAAAAGUUUUGGGAACUGGCUAAACAAGUGAGUGAGUUUAUGACCUGGAAGCAAGUGGAGUGCCCUUUCGAGAGGGACCGGAAAAUCCUUCAAUACCUGCUCACCAUUCCAGUUUUCAGUGAGGACGCACUUUAUUUGGCCUCGUAUGAAAGUGAAGGUCCAGAGAAUCACAUUGAAAAGGACAGGUGGAAGACACUCAGGUCCACGCUUCUGGGAAGAGGCUAAUGCAUGAGUUGGGUGCUUUCUGCAGUUGCUGCUACGAUCUUGACCUGGGUUCUUAGGAUGAAGGCCAUGGCUGAGGUCGCUUAUUUAUUUACCCAUCCCUCGUCUCCUCCUCUUGAAGACCAAGAGGCGCGUUUUUAAGUUAUGAGAGCUGAAUAGUUGGUGAAGAGCAAGUCGGGACAUGAUGUUGAGAGGAAAGCCCAGCUGACACGAGUCAGGAAAGGCAAGCUUUCCUCUACCCACCGAUUGUCCGACGAAAGGGCCAGUUGGGUGGCAUGCGGUUGAUCAAAGAGGACCCAGUGAAGAUCCGAGUCUACUGUGAAUCCUUUUGAAGCACCUGGAUGGGAUUUCCCCCACUCUUCCUCAUCCCAUCCCACCUGCAAACUCUACUCAUCAGACUUUCUGGUACUUUCACAUUUAUCGGAUUCCAAGUAGAACUUCCCUUCCAUCGAUCCAAGGCCAACUGGACUCUUUCAGAUGCCACCAGGAUCUGAGGAAGAUUUUCGCUGACGAUUCUUGUCGAAAAGAAAUCUAAGAACUCUUGCGUUUUUUUCCCUUGAAGGGAUAAACGGCUCACGACGUAGCGUUUGUUGCGGGUUCCUUAAGAUGUUCAGCUAUUUAUUAUGAAAAGGGGCACGAGUGCUCUGGGUUUUUUUUGUUUGUUUGUUCGUUCGUUUGUUAGUUUGCGAGUUAGCUGCUGGUCGGCUAACUCAGACUAGAUACUAAUUGGAAGUUUAAAAUAUUAAGUUCAGCAAUAGCGCUAGGAGAAACGGAGGCUUAGAAAGCUAGGUAGCAAAAUGUAGCUAAACUAUGUAGAAAUGUCACCCUUCCUCUUAAAUGUAUUAUUGUGCUGGGUUUUUGUUUUGUUUUUUUUCAUCUGGGCACAUCUGCGCUACAAAGCCAUCUGAAUUGGGCAUGAAGCCAGUUUCAUUUCUGUGACGUUCUCCAAAGAGAAAUUUGAUAUGGAAAUCCGGGUUCAAUUUUGAAAGAGAGACCCGUUGGAAUAAAGCGGGACUCCGGGUUUGAGGUCCUUCAUCGAUGGGACCUCUAAACUGGCUUAUAGGAUGUUUGUUUCCAAAACUGAUUCGUUGGAGAGCCAGAAUAAUCAGAGAGGUUUGGAGCUGGCUUACAUUUCGUAAUGUGGGCUUUCCUGUACUUUUCUGCAUCCUUUUCUUCACGCUCUGUAUUAUUGAAUUAAUUGAUUUUGUUUUCUCCUUGAGAGGGUGAGCGGGGGAAAAAAAACCCCGCUGGGGAUUGUAGGUAGAUAUCAAUUAUGAUUUUUCAGGUGUGUUUUUUUUUUAAUGUGAGGAAAUAAUAUCCGAUCUAGCAAUGCUAAUUUAAACUCUGAAAUCCUACAGACCCAUUGAAAGUUUCUCCUAGCUGAGUCUCUAGCUAUAAACUCCAUGUUUGUUUGGGUUUUUUGUUUCAAGAACCUCUGAAAUUUGCUUUGACUACGAAACAAGUCCUGUUAUGUCCGUGGUAGCUCUGAAUGCUUAGUCCCUGUAUUGCCUUCCCCAAGAAAUUCUGAAAAAUUGAAAGUCCGUUAACGAGACAUAUCCAGAAAAGGGAUUUGUAUGAGAUAUG